AGCCGAGAGCUGCAGAAACCAUGACAGAGUCUAUCAUUGACCAGAUGCAUGAAGCCAGGACACUAGGUGACUACACUCCAAGGUCUUUGUUACACUCCAUGUGGUUUGUAUGCACAAACCAUUUUGGAAUGCGGACAGGCAAAGAAUGCCGUGAUCUCUGCUGGGGAGAUAUUCAUCUUAGAAUGGACGAAACUUCUGGUGAGGAGUAUCUUAUAUAUGACCAAGAGAGACAAACCAAAACCAGAUCUGGUUCAAAUCCUCGGGACAUUAGAGGUACAAAACCCAAAGCCUAUGCCACUGCUGACGCCCAGAGAGAUCCUGUACAUCUGUACAAGCUGUACAGCCAGAAACGACCGGACGAAAUGUGCAAACCUGACAGCCCAUUCUUCCUUACACCAAAUGAUAAACCACAGAGAUGCUGGUUCAAAAAAACCCCACUUGGAAUAAAUAAACUUUACAACAUUAUGAGAGACAUGAAGGCUGAAGCAGGAAUUGAAAAUCCCAGAAUAACGCCUUACAGCUCCAGAAAACAUCUGGUUCAAACUCUAAACGAUGCUGGGGUCCCUGCCAACCAAAUCAUGCAAAUUUCUGGUCACAAGAAUGUGAAUUCUAUAAACAACUACAGUAAAAUCAACAACGACCAGUCGAGAAAUAUUUCUAAAAUACUGUCGAAUCAGAGAAAUGAAACCAACCUUCAAACUCAAGGAAGUGGUGCUGCCAGUGCUCCGGAGCCAUGGACUGGGCCUUUCGGAUCCAAUCGCUCUCGCAGUCUUUUUGCAAGCAGCACUUUCCACGGACCUGUGACUUUCAAUUUCCACAGUACAUCUGUAUCGGAAACACUGUCACAAAUGUCCACAGUUAACGUAGGCCGAAGUAAUGCAACUGCUGAAGAGUCCGUUUCCAACAUGCUCGAUUCGCCAGUUGCCACUGCCAGACCAUUCAAACGAAUAAGAAUGAUUCCAGAAAGUGACAGUGACUAACUGUAACACUCACGACACGAGAGUUUACAUAUAAGUCCAUUUAAAAUCCCACUGUUACACUGUUCGUAUUGUUUCUCCAGUUAUUUGUUCUAACUGUUUACCGAUUGACUGAAGUAAAACAAAAUGGCGGACUCGAAUUUUGACAAGCGCAAGUGCGCGUAUCUGCGCGUA